AUGUCAGUUUCAAAGAAGAAAGAUGAGGACAAGGAGAAAAAGUUUCUCGGUCGACUUCAGUACAAAAUAGAUUAUGAUUUUGACAAGAACGCGUUGACAUGUUUGAUUAUUCAAGCCGAAGAGUUGCCAGCCAUGGAUUUGGGUGGAACUUCCGAUCCCUAUGUGAAACUAUUUCUAUUGCCCGAGAAGAAGAAGAAGUUUCAAACCAAAGUGCAAAGAAAAUCGCUGAAUCCGGUGUUCAACGAGAGCUUCACAUUCAAAGUAAGUUUGGGUUGUCACUCUUCUCGCCCUUCAAAAUGAUUGAUGUUCUUUUUUCUUACAGAUCCCAUUCAAUGAGAUUGGUGGACAAACUUUGGUGCUCAAUGUGUUUGAUUUUGACAGAUUUGGAAAACACGAUCAAAUCGGGCAGAUUUCGAUACCAUUGGGAAGUAUUGAUUUGGCGUCAACGAUUGAGAGAACAGAUUUGAUUGAGAGUCCCCCAGAAAAUCGACUGGGUGAAGUUUGCCUAGCUCUCAGAUAUGUGCCAAACAAAAACAAGCUAUCGGUGGUUGUGAUGGAGUGUAAGAAUUUGAAGAAAAUGGACGUGUUAGGAUUGUCAGAUCCAUACGUAAAAAUCUAUCUGAUGAUGGGCACAAAACGACUGGAGAAGAAAAAGACGACAAUCAAGAUGAAAACGCUGAAUCCCUAUUAUAAUGAGAGUUUUAGUUUCGAUGUAACUCCUGAGAAAAUGCAGCGAGUACAUCUACACGUAACAGUGUCGGAUUAUGAUCGAGUUGGAUCAAAUGAGCGAAUCGGGCAGGUGAGAGAAUGAUUGAUCAAAGAACAUUUUCAGCGCCAGAGAAAAACAUGAAGUCUAAUCCUAUUAUGCACUUUUGUUUUGUUUUCAGGUCCUCAUUGGUACAUGCGCAUCGGGCGUCGCUCUCAAACAAUGGAAUGAUAUGUUGGGAACGCCGAGAAGAUCGGUGGCACAAUGGCACACUUUGGUACCAUUCAAUGAUGAUUGA